UAUUAACAUUAGCAGUCACUGAACAAAAUGUAGCCUAAAUAUGCUAAUUGCUAUUUCGUUAUUAUUAUUAACGUUACUAUUAUUAUUGGUAGUAGUUGUUGUUGUGCAUCGUAGCUAUGUAACGUUAAAUAACGUCUUUUCCAAAUUAAGGAGUAACGCUAACUAACUUUGGUCCAGCAUUACUAACUAGGCACGAUCUUUGGGGUAAGUCUGUAAAUUAAAUCAUGUAUUGCCCGACUCAACACCUAAUAAGAAAACAUGUGAUAUAACCUGUGCUGUCAUAAACCACCUGGUGCAAACUUGAUGAAACUGCAACUUGAAGCUUCAAACCGGAGCCGGAAGUGAGGUUUGAAAUACAGCUCCAGCACCGCGUUGGAUGCCUGGUUGAUACAGAGAUGAGCGGUGAGAACGUGAAGUUGUUUGUUGGGAACCUUCCUUUAGAUGCAACUCACGAAGAGCUAAACAAGCUCUUUGCGCCAUAUGGGGAGAUCAACACUUGCUCCUUGCUCAGACAGUAUGCCUUCGUUACCCUGAAGGGAGAGGGGGCAGCAGACAGGGCCAUACGGCAUCUUGAUGGCAAAGAGUACAGAGGCAGGCCCCUUGUGGUUGAGGAGUCACGUGCACGCCCACCCAACUCCACUAAAGUGUUUGUGGGGAACCUCAGUGCAACAUGUUCAGCAGAUGACUUGCAUGGGCUGUUCUCAACCUUCGGAAGAGUUUUAGACUGUGAUAAAGUCAAAGCCAGAUUAUGUUCAAAUGUUGGCUAUGCAUUUGUGCAUAUGGAGAGGAAGGAGGAAGCCAUGGUAGCUAUUGAGGCACUCAAUGGGACCAUGUUCAAGGGCCGUCAGCUGGCCGUAGAGCUCUCCAAGGCCCAACCCUUGAUCAACCAGAUUGUAUCAGGCGGAAAUGCAGGCGGUGGUGUAACAGCAGGUGGCAGAGAGGGUCUUCUUCCCCGACCACCUCCCUCACUAGAGCAUCACCAGAGUCAAGCAGCUGUGCUAGCAGCAGCUGCAGCAGCUGCCGCUGGACUACCGAUACAAGUUCAACAAAGUGUCCAUAACUCAUUCUACAACACCACAUCCUUUGACCCCACAUAUGCUGCCCUGAAGGGCAUUACAAGCGCUAAAGGCGCCGAUGGGGUGAUAUACGGUGCUCUUGCCAGCCAGGUGUAUGGAGCCGUUGCUGACCAAGUGUACCAAGAUAUGACCAAUCACAAUUCUGGGCCAAAUGCCUCCGCUGCUGUAGAAGUGGAGCCUCCCAGUGGGCCAGAUCCAACAACGCUUUUUGAGGCAGCAAGAGCCAAGUUCUUUCAGGAGGGACAGAAGGUUCUGGCAGAGCAGCAGGCAGGGAGAAAGGCAGCAUCCUCAGAUAACGAGCGAGACCGCAGCCCAAUCAGAGGAAACAGAGCCCCUCUUCUCCCGGACCCUGUUCCUGGUUCCUUUGCUCAGAUACGACCCAAACGCCGAGCCCUGCUGCCGACACCACCUGGAGGACCUGAAGAACCUGCAGCUGCCACCACCACAACUACAGAAGGGUCAGAUCCUGUUGCUAGGUCUUACACAGAAUACUACCAGCAAAUGCAUCAAUACCAACAGUAUCAACAGUACCAGCAACAGUACCAAUACCUCCAGUAUGCCUACACCAACCCUCCUCCUCCUCCUCCACCUCCUCCGCCACCACCGGCCACCACCCAGGCACAGGCCUCCACCACAGCCCCCGCACCCCCAGGGACAUACGCGGCACCCCCAACGUAUGCCGCAUCGGGAGCGUACGCACCGCCAGGAACAUAUGACGCUUCGGGAAGUUACGACGCCUCAUCGGAGAGCUACGACGCCUCAUCAGGGAGCUACAACGCUUCAUCUGGAAACUACGAUGCCUCGUCGGGUUAUGACGCUUCAGGAGGCUACGGGGCAUCGGGAGCAUAUGAUUCAUCCGGAGCUUACGCAGCAGCGGGAAACUACUCCACAUCCACACCGUAUGAGCAGACACCCGCACACGGGCAACCCAUGCCCCAGCGCCAUGAUUACCCUUACCACACGCCAGAACCCCCUUAUCGAUAGUCCCACCCCCACACAAUCCUUCCACACUGCAGACGUGUGUGUGUGUGUGUGUGUGUGUGUGUGAGUGUGCAUGUGUAUUUACAUAAGGGACAGUUUGAAGAGGAAAAUCAGAGAGGGAGCAAGGUCGUAAUUCGAAUGUGCUUUAAACCCGAAGCAUCUUCCCUUUUCUCCAUUUUUUUUUCCACCUAGCCUCGUCUCUAACUAGCUUGCCUGUCAGUUGAUGGCUGUUGAGGAAAGUUGGUGAUUACACAGAUCAACAAGUGGAGAUAAGUGGGACAGCUGAUAAUGUCCAGCAUUCAGAGUUGAUAGUUAAAUACAGUUUCCUGUGAAGAUGUUAUCGAGGCACAGCUGUUUCCUUGUUGAAUGUUGAAGCUUUAGCGUUGCGUGGGACAAGUUUAGAUUCUGAGGCUAUGGUUCGAUGUCAUAGAUGAAGCUUUUUGAUUGGUGCUGAAUCAAGCAAGGCCUUUUACAUACUCUACAUGAAAGUGUUGGUAACAAUGGAGGUUUUCUUGCAAUAUUGCAUGGAAAAAGUGAAGUCCAGAAUUUAUGACACUAAGUUUCUAACUGCGUCAUCACACGUUUCAGGCAGGGCACAGAAUGAAGAAAACUGCUCACUGAUUAGAUGAAUAAGUAGGUUAUAUCUCAAUUUGAACAGAUGAACUGGCACUGUGGAAAAACGAAAAAAAUUAUCCACCUCUGUUUUGACCUGUUCACAGGAUAGAUAAAACUCGUCGUCUUCUUUUCAGAACUUUUCUUGCAGCGAUUACUCAUGUUUGUACAGGCAGAUAUUUCUCCAUGAUGACUGUUUUUAAAAUGUAUAUUUAAGCUGACAGCUUGUGAUCCCACCCACUCGUGUUGGUGUAAAACCUCUCUGUGUGGAGUAUGUAAAAGGCCUUAAUUUGAAGCUGUAUCGACCCUUUGUCAAGACAUUUAAUUGCCUGGUUUUGUAAUACAUGUGCAAGAUUGGAAGAGCGGACAGAGCUGAAGGGAAAUCUAAAAGAAUUUUGUCUUCACCUGGUAAAGGAUUAGAACGUUUGUUAAAUGACCAGAUUGUUUUGUGAGUGUGUUUCAGGCUGGUUUCACUGAGCUGCCAGGUUUAGUGCUAAUCGAGCAAUUCACACUCAAAGUGGUGAUGUAUCAGUUUUUGCCCCCUCUCUUUUUUUUUUUUGUGUAAUGGAACAAAUCAGUUUUUUUGGACUUGAGUGGGCAUGUCACUCAGAUUAUGUUGCAGCCCAUUUAGCUCUGUAGCACAGAGUGAUUUCGUGAUUUGCAUUUGGCCUGCUGGCAUUAAACGCUUUCUUGAGCCUACCUGUUGUGUUUACAGGGUGUGAGGAGUAACUCCAGCCAUCCUGUUCACUUUGCCUAACUUGUAAGGGAUAUUACCAGACUGUGAUUAUGCCUGUCUGAAGUUUCAUAGGAGGGAUAGCUAAGUUUGAACUUUUGACAUGACUUUGAUGAACAACAGGGUUAAAAAAAAAAAUACAGAGUGGAUGGUCAUUUUCAGCGAUUUUAAAUUGAAGUACGUGACUUGGAUGUGCUCUCGCAGCAGGUUACCGUGAUAUACCUUGCUUGUGUUUUCAUGCUUAACCCAGGCUCUCUGUUUUUCCAGGUCUAUAAAACAAACACAAGUCCCACUCACAGGCUUUAAAUGUCCUGUCAGAGUUUUUGGUCAAGGAUCAGUGUUUGCUUCUUAAGCAUUAGAACAGAAUCUCAAAGUAAUUUUGUACUCUUGAACAUUUUCUUUCUUUCCAUUUCAGUUGUUUUGUAUAAUUACAAAUGCAGCUUGAAUGCAUCAACAUCUUUCUCAGAUUUUAGGUAAUGAUCAGUUGAAUCUGGGUUUUUGAUAUUUUUUUCACACUGAAGAAGAGGAGUUGUGCUUUUCUUGGUUUUGUAUGUACAUAUUUGAAUUUAUUAAAGCCAGAGGAAUGGCAGCAAGUAUUCUUUGGCCAAUGAUAAAAUCUGCAUGUUACAAAUACUUAAAUAAUUUCCAAUUGGUUUUAGACUUUUUCAUCAUUAUCUUUUUGUUCCAAUCCUAUCAGCGGUUGUCAUACCUCUGCUCUGAUGGAAACCAUUGUGGACAAGCUAGUUUUCAUACCUGAAAAAUGUACAAUUUGGUACUUGUGUAAAUACUUGAAACCUCACUUUAAACUGAAAAGGCUGUGUCAACCAACAUUUGGUUCAACAGUAAGAAUACUGACUGUUAAUAUUAAACUGAAGCGAUUGUAGUUGAGUUGUUGUACUAGUCUGUUAAAAGAGGCGACUUGUUUGUAUGGCAGUGGCUGAAAAAGGAUUACCGUCAUGCUUGUAGCAUGUAGUGAGUGGUGUUGAGCCAUUGUGGCUUGUGAGUGUAUGAAUUGCGGAUUUGAGGUGCACAUAUGAAUUGGACUUGAAUCACAGCUUUCACCCCAGUCAGAUGCAGAAAGUGAUCAUUUAUUUGCCAAUGUUCUAAAAUUGGAGAAGAAAUGAUUCACCAUUAGAAAAUGAUUCACCAUUUGAACUGAGGGACAAGGACAAGUACAUCUUUUCUAAAUGUAGUGCUGUGGCGUGAUGCUGAUGCGUGUAGUGAAGGGUUAUUGACUGGAUGUGAGGUGACAGUCUUGGUGCUGCAGGUGAAUUAUGAAGGUUGUUUUGGAUCUAGUAAGGGCUGCUGAUUUUUUUUUUUUUUUUUUUUUUUUCCUUCCCCGAGCAGCAGUGAGAAGGGCCGAUGACCUUUUGGUUUUUUCCUUUUCCCUCUUCUGAUCUCACCAGAAACACACCUAAUUUUGACACAUCGCUAGGAUUACUGGCUUUCUCUGCAUUCAUAUAACAGCUAGACUUCUAUCUAGAUGCAUUUUAUCUGGGUUCAUUGCAUUUAACACAUGUAAAGCAGAUUACACGUGGAAAUGAUACUAAUGCACACCUAAUUCCACCUGUAUUUUAUAUAACCUUCAGUAGUUGUUCCGUUCGUGAUUGUACCACACACACUAGUUACUCUUAUUAUUAUCUUAUUUCUCAUUCGCCUCCUGAAUUGGUAGUGCUGUGUUAGGUUUAAGUGACACAUAGCCUCUCUACAUUUCCACAUUAUUCCACCUUCUCCAUGUGAACUGUUAGUUGCAUGCCUUGUUGUUGCUGCUGCUCCAGCCACCUUCUUCCUCUUGCUGAUUAUUGCAGCUAGAGUGGGAGGGAGCCAAACUGAGCCCUUGCCCUGGACGUACGCCACACGCAGCUGUUGCGUGGGAUGGGGGAAAAUAGCAUCGUUAGGCCUGAAACUGCUGUGGACGAUGGGGUGUCCCCCCACUAAGGUAAACACUCAGACCACACACUCCUGCCCCUCCCCGAAACACGCGUACACAUUCACAGACACUUUCAUACACACAUACAGACACACCUAUGUCCAAACUUUCUAUUCCUUACCUGUCUGCAGGGAUUUUUAUUUGUCAGGAAGUCAUAUUUUUUUGGACAUGGAUCUCCCAUCCUUUUCUAAAGGGAGAUUAACUUUUCUUUUUUUUUUUCCUGUUUUUGAUUUUCCUGAUCAUAAUCCCACAUUUUUUCCCCCCCAAGCAUACAUUCCUGCUCCUGACAUACUGACCACUCACCCAUGUGAUCUUUUGAGGACACCUUCUCUUUUAGUCUAAAUCUCAAGCCUUUACUGAAGCAGGCAUGUUGUGAGUACAUCCUGUAUCUAACAGCCUGUCACUCAAGAGUACCAGGCAGUCAGAGCCAGAGCCGGAUGUGGGACAUGUAGGUAGAAUGGGUUGUUUUAGUUUUUGUAUAUGCGCCCCCUUGGGCCACUUCGGGGUUAAGUGCCUUGCUGAAGAGCACAUCGGUAGGCCCUCCAUUUCAGAGUUGAAUAACCUGGCUCAGGAUCGGUUGCUGGUUCAACGCUCGACUCCCCUCUCUCCCCAAAAAAAACAACGAUUUUUAAAUGCCACAUUCAACUUGUAUGAAUGACAAUGAACACAAAUAUCAUUUUGUUUUAAAUUACGUUUUGUCCUAUGUUCUUUGAAAUGUUUAAUUAUCAAUAAAUGAAUUUUCAACUGAA